UUUCCAACCCAACUACCUCUCUUACCUCUCUUACCUCUCUUACCUCUUUACCCACCCCUCUACUAACCCACUACUAGUCUUUUCUCUCAUCAGACUAUCCUCACAUUCCAAAUUCCCCCCUAAAAUCUAGCAUUUCCUCCUCAUUCCGACUAACGAUCCACACUUCCCAGACCAUAUACUCCAAACUCCAAACUUCAAACUUCAAACUUCAAACUUCAAACUUCCAACACCAAAAAUUCACUAACUCAACCCUCCAUUGCUAAAACAAAACAAAAAAAACUUAGACUUGAUUGGAUGUUCACUACUUUCAUCAUUGGAACAAAAUGCAGCAAAACCAGCCACCAACAUCUCCACAACCACGCGACAAUUCCACCACUUUCUACUUCAUAGCCGCAUCAGUUCUUUUCUCACUCUUCUUCAUCCUCUCUCUCUCCUCCACCACCACAACCACCACUUCCACUAGCAGCAGCACCUCACCUGACCCACGCCUCUUCCCCAACACUCGCUACGUUCUCAACAACCCAAACUCACCACCUCUUCCCUCUGUUUCUUCCAUUGCUUACUUCAUCACUGGAUCAUCUGGUGAUUAUUCUAGAAUCUUCCGUCUUCUUCUCUCCAUAUACCACCCUAAGAAUCUUUACCUACUUCAUCUUGACCGUUUUGCCCCUCAGUCUGACCGUGACCGUUUGGCUCUAAGGGUUUCUUCCCUGCCCGUUUUUAAAGCUGCCCGGAAUGUUCAUGUUGUUGGUCAUGCUGAUUUUGCUUACCCUAAAGGAUCUUCCCCUAUUGCUUCUUUAUUAAGGGGUGCUUCUAUUUUGCUUCGUUUGAAAUCUGAUUGGGAUUGGUUUAUUAAUUUGUCUGCUAAAGAUUAUCCUCUUGUCACUCAAGAUGAUUUGCUGCACAUAAUGUCAUACUUGCCGAAAGACCUUAACUUUGUGAAUCAUACAGGCUACAUCGGGUGGAAAGAAUCUCGAAGAAUGAAACCCAUUAUUGUGGAUCCUGGACUCUACCUUGCAGAAAAGACUGGGAUGUUUUAUGCCACCCAAAAGCGGGACUUUCCCAAUGCUUAUCAGUUGUUCUCAGGUUCACCAACCUCUAUUUUGAAUCGGAAGUUUGUUGAAUUCUGUGUUAUGGGGUCAGACAACUUACCAAGAACUCUACUGAUGUACUUAGCAAACACCCCAUCAUCUCUAUUGAGCUACAUACCAACCAUUGUAUGCAAUUCACCAGAUUUUAAAGAGAGCGCUGUAAACCAUAAUUUACAGUACGCAUCCUACUUCACACCCCCAAACGAGAAUCCUAGGCAGUUGAAUGGCUCAGACUUAGAAGACAUGCUACGGAGUGGAUCAGCAUUUGCCACGCAGUUCCGUCAUAACGACCCAACACUCAAUCAUAUUGAUAGAGAAAUUUUGGGGCGAAGACGUGGGACAGUUGUGCCUGGUGGCUGGUGUGUUGGCGAUGUGAACAACACUUGUGCUGUAUGGGGUGAUGCGGAGAUCCUGAGGCCAGGUCCUGGAGCUAAGAGACUUGAAAGACGUAUCAUUGAGCUGCUUUCAAAUGGGACAUUCCGGUCCCAACAGUGUUUGAUAGAAUAACUUCAUUAUAUUUAUCACGUCUGCAUGACACGCUUAGGAAUAACAAACUGCUUUGAGCAUUGUUUCCUCGAGUCAUCCUGGCUUUACGGAAUGUGAAGUUCGCAAUGCUACCACUGUAAUUGUAGGUGUCAGAGCCUUUUUUUCGUGGUUUGUUGUUGUAUAACAACGAUAAUGUCAUAGCCUCAUCUCACGGGGAUGGUGUUGGCUGCACUCAUCCUUAUUCAAUGCAAUAUGAUCCUGGAGACUUAGGCCAGGGGAUGUAAUUGUUGUAAAGUAAGUUGUGAAACAGAUUAGAGGACAGUGUUGCACUCAAAAGACGCCUCUAGCUUAAGUUAAGGACUAGCCACUUAGAAAUUCCAGUUCUCUCUCUUUUCUUUUUCUUCUUUUUUUUUUAAAAAAAUUCAUCUUUUUUUCUGCCUUGUA